AUGCAGAGCGGUAGGCCGGUCUUGCUCCUCUUCUGCUCUAUAAAAGCUGCAUCCGCACCUACAAGGAUCCUUUCAGACGGACUUUGGAGCUGAAAGAACUGCUGCAGGAGCCAUGGCACCAUCCGGAACCAAGAAGAACAUCCUGGAGCGCCUGGAGGCCGGAGAGGUCAUCAUCGGGGACGGAGGCUUCGUGGUCGCUCUGGAGAAGAGGGGUUAUGUGAAGGCGGGACCCUGGACCCCCGAGGCCGCCGCCGAGCACCCAGAGGCGGUGCGCCAGCUGCACAGGGAGUUCCUGCGCGCGGGCUCCACGGUCAUGCAGACCUUCACCUUCUACGCCAGCGACGACAAGCUGGAGAACCGAGGCAACACGCAGCGCUUCACAGGGCAGCAGAUCAACGAGGCCGCCUGCGACCUGGCCCGGGAGGUGGCCAACGAGGGGGACGCUCUGGUGGCGGGGGGGGUCUCCCAGACCCCGUCCUACAUGAGCUGCGAGAGCGAGCAGGCUGUGAAGGCCAUCUUCAAGAAGCAGAUCGACGUCUUCAUCAGGAAGGACGUGGACUUUCUGAUCGCAGAGUACUUUGAGCACGUGGAGGAAGCAGAGUGGGCGGUUCAAAUCCUGAAGACCAGCGGGAAGCCCGUGGCUGCGACUCUGUGCAUCGGACCGGAAGGGGACCUGAACGGCGUCAGCCCCGGAGACUGCGCCGUCAGGCUGGUGAAGGCCGGCGCAGACAUCGUGGGGGUCAACUGCCACUUUGACCCGGAGACCUGCGUGAAAACCGUGAAGCUGAUGAAGGAGGGCGUGGAGAGGGCGGGGCUAAAAGCCCACUACAUGAGCCAGCCGCUGGCCCUGCACACCCCCGACUGCAAUCGGCAAGGAUUCAUCGACCUGCCGGAGUUCCCGUUCGCUUUGGAGCCCAGAGUGUUGACCCGAUGGGACAUGCACAGGUACGCGCGGGGCGCCUACAACGCCGGCAUCCGUUACAUCGGCGGCUGCUGCGGGUUCGAGCCGUACCACAUCCGGGCCGUGGCCGAGGAGCUGGCGCCCGAGCGCGGGUUCCUGCCGCCCGCCUCCGAGAAGCACGGCAGCUGGGGCGCCGGCCUGGAGAUGCACACCAAGCCGUGGGUCAGGGCCAGGGCUCGCCGUGAAUACUGGGAGACGCUGAAGCCCGCAUCUGGACGUCCAUUCUGCGCCGCCAUGUCCAAACCUGACUGUUGGGGUAUCUCCAGAGGCCACGCUGACCUGAUGCAAACAAAGGAAGCCACCAGCGAGGCUCAGCUCAAGGCUGUCUUUGACAAAGCCGCCCAGAGCCAAUGAGAGCCCCUCAAUCAAUUCAAAUCUCUUCAAAAGGUGAUGCAGGGAAAAUUGGCAUGCAUGACUUCCUUGAGCCUGAACCUGCAGGAUCAACUAGUUUUGAAAGCUUCUUGUGGGAUUUUAUCCGUCUUUGAAGGACUUUCGUAGUAUUUUUACUGAUUUUUACAUGAUUUGUACUUUAAAUAUACUAAGAUACACUGCUUCAGUAAUUCCUAACCAUCAAAUGAUGUUAUAAUGCAAAAAUUAAAUCCUCUACUGAGUAAA